UCAGCUUUUUAUGAAUGCUGUCUCCCAUGUUCCUCCAGUUGCAGUCUGGAAACAGUGCUCGGAAGAGGAAUGCGCCUGCCCAGUUCUCAGGGUGCCAACUAACAGCUUGCAAAACAGCAAGAGAAGAUUAUUGUCAGCAAAAGGGAUCUGAAUUAUACCUCAGGAUGAGUUGCAUUCUUCAGUUUUUGUUUUCUCCACUGCCGACUCCUGCCAUCGCUGGUCUCUUCACCUUUGGCGCUGGUAUACUAAUCUGGCUGGUGACUCGCCCCAAACCCAUCAAGCUUCCAGUUGACCUCAACAGGCAGACUGUGGGAAUCAAGGAUGGGGCAAGGAGAAGUGCUUUGCUCAAAGAUGAUAAACUUAUGUCGUACUAUUAUGAAGAUGCCCGGACAUUGUAUGAAGUUUUCCAGAGGGGUCUACAUGUAUCAGGAAAUGGACCGUGUCUGGGCUAUAGAAAGCCAAGGCAGCCUUAUCAAUGGCUAAAAUAUAAGCAGGUGUCUGACAGAGCUGAAUAUUUGGGCUCAGGAUUACUGCACAGAGGACUGAAACCAUCUCCUGAUCAAUUCAUUGGCAUUUUUGCCCAGAACAGGCCAGAGUGGAUUAUUUCUGAGCUUGCCUGUUAUACCUACUCCAUGGUGGCUGUUCCACUUUACGACACACUGGGACCUGAGGCACUGGUAUACAUUGUUAAUAAAGCUGAAAUAUCCACUGUGAUAUGCGACAAACCUGACAAGGCUGCAAUUCUCCUGACAAACUGUGAGAAGGGCCUGACGCCAGUGCUUAACACCAUUGUCCUCAUGGACCCUUUCAGCACAGAUCUGAAGGAUCGAGGCAUGAACUGUGGGGUUGAGAUACUUGCUCUCAAGGAAGUGGAGACAAUGGGCAAAAAUGACCUGAGGAAACCAAUUCCUCCUAAGCCAGAAGACCUCAGUAUUGUGUGUUUCACAAGUGGAACAACAGGUGAUCCCAAAGGAGCUAUGCUUACUCAUGAGAAUGUAGUAGCAGAUGCUGCUGGUUUUAUAAAAAGCACUGAGUCAGCAUUUGGCCCUGUCCCACAGGAUGUCUCAAUCUCAUUCCUACCACUGGCUCAUAUGUUUGAAAGAGUAGUUCAGACGGUAAUGUACUCAAGUGGAGCCAAGGUGGGCUUUUUCCAAGGAGAUAUCAAGCUAUUGCCUGAUGAUAUGAAAGCUCUACGCCCAACAGUGUUUCCAGUUGUGCCCCGGCUGUUGAACAGAGUAUAUGACAAGGUUCAAAGUGGAGCCCAGACGCCUUUCAAGAAGUGGUUAUUGAACUUUGCAAUUGAAAGAAAACAUUCUGAAGUGAAGCAGGGAAUCAUAAGAAAUGAUAGCAUAUGGGACAAGCUUAUCUUCCACAAAGUUCAGGAAACCAUGGGAGGACGAGUACGUGUGAUGGUAACAGGGGCAGCCCCCAUCUCUCCCUCGGUGCUUAGUUUCCUCAGAGCAUGCCUAGGGUGCCAGAUAUUUGAGGCUUAUGGCCAAACUGAGUGCACAGCCGGUUGUACCUUUUCCAUGCCUGGUGACUGGACAACAGGCCAUGUUGGGGUUCCUGUCCCGUGCAACAUUGUGAAAUUGGUUGAUGUUGAAGAAAUGAACUAUUUCGCAGCUAAUGGGGAGGGAGAGGUUUGUAUCAAGGGCAGAAAUGUGUUUAAAGGAUAUCUGAAGGACCCAGAAAAAACCUCUGAAGCUAUAGAUGAGAAUGGGUGGUUGCAUACCGGAGACAUUGGAAAGUGGCUUCCUAGUGGAGUGCUUAAAAUCAUUGACAGGAAGAAGAACAUCUUCAAACUGGCACAAGGAGAGUAUAUUGCUCCUGAGAAGAUUGAAAACGUGUAUGUGCGGAGUGAGCCUGUGGCUCAAGUAUUUGUGCAUGGCGACAGCUUACAGUCCUGUUUGGUAGGCAUUGUGGUACCAGAUAUAGAAGUGCUUCCAGAUUUUGCAGUAAAAUUAGGCAUCAAAGGUUCCUAUAAAGAGCUCUGCAUAAACAAGGAAAUUAAAAAAGCAAUACUUGCAGACAUGGUGAGGCUAGGAAAACAGGCUGGGCUUAAGUCUUUUGAACAAGUCAAGGACUUGUAUCUCUACCCAGAACAGUUCACCAUCGAAAAUGGACUACUGACACCUACACUGAAGGCAAAAAGAGCAGAGCUGACCAAAUUCUUCAAAGACCAGAUUGACAGCCUCUAUGCAGCACUCCAAUGAUAAUCUUAAGGAGUUCAGUGUUUGAUUUAUCUUUGUGGACUCGUGUGUGCUUCAAAACAAAAAAGAGCCACACUAAAGAACUGCAGCAUUCCAGAGGAAUGUCACAGUUAUAUGCUGUAAAAUAUGACCCUUCAUAUCUACUUAUCAUCUCCCUAACAGGAAAGCAUUUCUUUAUGUUUGUAUUAGGCCUCUGAGAACACAUUUAGAAGAUAUGGACGACUAAGAUGAGGUUAUGAGAUAAAAUACCCAAACCAGUACUUACUACAGAGCCAUGAAAUGUCACAACAACUGUCAAAUAGAUGAGGUAGCUGUAUGAAAACCCUAAACCCAUGAAAGCUACCACUUUUUACCUGCUUCUGAAAUGAGCGGUAGUUAUGGGUAGUAAAAGAGUUUUCUUAUUAACACUUUUGCUGAAACAACAAACAGUUUCGGUAUAUCUGCAGUCCUGGAAAUCUUAAAGAGGCCUCAGAGAAUACGUAAGCCUGGAUUCUAAAGUGGUAAGCUUUAGAAUUGGAGAGCAGAUGCUAACAUCUUUGUACCAGUAUAAAGGGAAUCAAAACAUUCCUACUCAUUGGAAAAACACAAUGAAAAUGUUGUAUGAAAGCUUUUGUAUUAACUCAAAUUGUCAUGCAAAUAAAAAUACAAAUUGCAGAUGA